AUGGAACUCGAGGUGAGGUUCAAGCCCUCGGAGCGUGCACUUUCCACCUUGAACCAGGGGCCGGCCUGGGACCUCAUGCAGAAAGUCAAGCAGGAGCCCAAAUAUGAUACUGUGAAUCGGCCACUCGGUCUCAUUGAUCUGUCCGGUGCGCUUAAUACCUUGAUGACUGGAUGGGUCGACAUGGUGGCUUGGACCCUCUGUGAUCAAGGCGACGCGGUUCUGUAUUUCACCCCGAACUUUUACAUGCUGGACUUCGACCUCACGGCUCGAGCUGCUGUGCUCCCUGUCCCUAUCUCCACGGCAGGCAUAGAUGAUCCCUUUGGUGAUUCUGCAAUACCAUUCCUUGCCGACCGUUUGGAUUUGGCCUUGCAAGACACCCACAAUCGAGGAAUCCGAUGUUCUGCGCUAUUUGUAUGCAACCCUGCCAAUCCCCCCAAGGUUGCUGCUAUAGUGCUCAAACACUCCGUGCACUCGCUCUUUGGUCUGCUGCUCGUGGCGUACACCUCAUCUCUGAUGAGAUAUACGCUCUUUCAAACUUCGGAGAUGACGACAACACCUCCCCUAUGUGACGAAAGAGCCGAGAAGAGCGUCCAUGUUCUCUACAGUCUAAGCAAAGACUUCAACAUGGUUGGUCUACGGAUGGGCUUCUUUGUGACGAGAAAUUCUGCAGUCCGGGAUGCUGCCUUGAGUUUGCAACCACAACUUGUUCAAGAUUACUUGGUUCAAUACCGCCAUGGCCUCCGUGAGGCUUACAAGAGUGCGACACGCGCCCUGGAGCAGUGUCAAAUUCCAUUCACACGGGCAAAUGCAGGCUUGUUCGUUUUCAUCGACCUGAGUCAAUGGAUUGUAUACUUUGACGGCUCAGAUCAGGCAACCACUGCUGAACAGCAGCUUUCCAAUUGGCUUAUAGAGCAUGGUGUGUUCCUUAAUGCAGGCGAGUUCGCGGGGUCUGAGAAGCCAGGACAAUUCCGACUCGUGUUUACUCGCGACAGGAGUGUAGUUGAAAUUGCAAUCAGGCGCAUACGCAGUGCUAUUGAUAAACUUGGCCAGUGA